AUGACGGACAUAACAGAUGAUAUAGCAGAGGAGAUUUCGUUUCAGAGCUUUGAUGAUGACUGUAGGCUUCUCGAAAGCCUCCUCAAAGACGUGCUUCAAAGAGAAGUUGGGACCCAUUUCAUGGAAAAAGUUGAAAAGACCAAAGUUCUUGCUCAGAGUGCAUGUAACAUGAGGAUGGCAACAAUUGAGGACACAGCAGAGCUGCUUGAAAAGCAACUGGCCACAGAGUUGUCGAAAAUGUCACUAGAGGAAGCUUUAUCACUUGCACGUGCAUUCAGUCAUUAUCUAAAUUUAAUGGGGAUUGCAGAAACUCAUCAUAGAGUAACUAAGGCUCGGAGUGCAGCAAAAUGGUCAAAAUCUUGCGAUGAUACUUUCAAUCUGCUCGUGCAGAGUGGCGUUUCUCCAGAUGAGCUUUACAACACUGUUUGCAAGCAGGAGGUUGAGAUUGUCCUCACAGCUCAUCCCACUCAAAUAAAUAGACGUACCUUACAAUAUAAGCACAUAAGAAUUGCGCAUCUUUUAGAAUAUAAUGAUCGGCCUGAUCUUGGGCAUGAAGACAGAGAGAUGCUGAUAGAAGAUUUGGUUAGAGAAAUCACUUCAAUAUGGCAAACAGAUGAGCUAAGGCGCCACAAACCUACUCCAGUUGAUGAAGCCAGGGCUGGGUUAAAUAUUGUGGAGCAAUCACUUUGGCGCGCUGUACCUCAUUAUUUGCGCCGUGUUAGCAAUGCUUUAAAAAAGCACACUGGAAAGCCACUUCCCUUGACAUGUACACCGAUAAAAUUUGGAUCUUGGAUGGGAGGUGAUCGAGAUGGAAAUCCAAAUGUGACAGCAAAGGUCACAAAGGAUGUAUCUCUUUUAUCCAGAUGGAUGGCCAUUGAUCUCUAUAUACGUGAAGUUGAUAGCCUCAGAUUUGAGCUUUCUAUGAACCAGUGCAGUGUUCAAUUAUCAAGGCUGGCACAUCAAAUUCUAGAAAAAGAAAAAUCAUCUGAGGAUCGACAUGAGAAUUGGAAUGCACCAUCAAAUUGGAAUCACUCAAAGCACCACAGUCAACAUGCUCCACCCCUUCCAACACAGCUUCCAACUGGAGCUUAUCUACCUUCUUGCACAGAAUGCAAUGAUGUGGAAUCUCGCUAUCCUCGACUAGAUGUUCCUGGGACAGAGUUCAUGCCAUUGAAUCGUCAGGAUGGUAAGGCUUUUUCAAAAGCAGAAGAAUCUCCUAACAAUGGUAGCAAACUUUCUAUUAAAACAUCUGGAAAUGGAAAUGCAUCGAAUUCGGGCAAUGCUCCGACGACACCAAGAUCUGCUUCAUUUAGCUCUAGUCAACUUUUAGCUCAGAGGAAGCUAUUUGCCGAAUCUCAGAUAGGACGGACCAGUUUCCAGAAGCUUCUUGAACCAAGCUCUUCUCAAAAACCUGGAAUAGCUCCUUAUAGAGUUGUUCUGGGGAAUGUGAAAGAAAAGCUUCUGAAGACACAGAAGCGGCUGGAACUCCUUCUUGAAGAGCUUCCUUGUGAACAUGAUCCUUCGGACUAUUAUGAAACAUCAGAUCAACUCCUUGAGCCAUUGCUAUUGUGCUAUGAUUCACUGCAAUCUUGUGGUUCUGGAAUCCUGGCUGAUGGUCGGCUAGCUGACCUAAUCAGGCGUGUUGCUACCUUUGGCAUGGUUUUAAUGAAGCUUGACCUUCGUCAGGAAUCUGGUAGACAUUCAGACACACUUGAUGCAAUUACUAGAUAUCUAGAUAUGGGCACCUAUAGUGAGUGGGAUGAAGAAAAAAAACUUGAAUUUCUUACAAGAGAGCUGAAAGGAAAGAGACCUCUUGUCCCUCCAACUAUAGAGGUUUCUCCUGAUGUCAAAGAAGUAUUAAACACCUUCAGAGUAGCGGCUGAAUUGGGAAGUGAUUCACUUGGAGCGUAUGUGAUUUCCAUGGCCUCCAAUGCUAGUGAUGUCCUUGCAGUUGAACUCUUACAGAAAGAUGCUCGCCUUGCUGUUGCUGGAGAACUAGGAAGACCCUGUCCUGGCGGAACGCUGCGAGUAGUUCCUCUGUUUGAAACUGUGAAGGACUUGAGAGAAGCUGGAUCAGCUAUAAGGAAACUGCUGUCAAUUGAUUGGUAUCGGAACCACAUUAUAAAGAACCAUAAUGGACACCAAGAAGUGAUGGUUGGAUAUUCAGACUCGGGCAAAGAUGCUGGCCGCUUUACUGCUGCAUGGGAACUUUAUAAAGCUCAAGAAGAUGUUGUGGCUGCAUGCAAUGAAUAUGGCAUAAAAGUUACUCUCUUCCAUGGACGUGGAGGGAGUAUUGGACGAGGUGGUGGUCCUACAUAUCUUGCCAUUCAAUCACAGCCGCCUGGUUCAGUUAUGGGUACUCUGCGAUCAACUGAACAAGGUGAAAUGGUGCAGGCCAAGUUUGGACUACCCCAGAUAGCUGUUCGGCAGCUAGAGAUCUACACAACAGCUGUGCUGCUUGCUACCUUACGGCCUCCAAUCCACCCUAGAGAACAAAAGUGGCGCAAUCUAAUGGACGAUAUUUCAAAAAUUAGUUGCAAUAGUUAUCGGAGCACAGUUUAUGAAAAUCCUGAAUUUCUUGCUUACUUUCAGGAGGCUACACCACAAGCCGAGCUUGGCUAUCUCAACAUUGGAAGCCGUCCAACAAGAAGAAAGAGUUCAGUUGGAAUUGGACAUCUACGGGCAAUUCCAUGGAUAUUUGCAUGGACCCAAACAAGAUUUGUUCUUCCUGCGUGGCUUGGAGUAGGAGCAGGCUUGAAGGGUGUUUGUGAGAAGGGGCAUACUGAAGAUUUACGAGCAAUGUACAAAGAAUGGCCCUUCUUUCAAUCCACUAUUGAUCUCAUAGAAAUGGUUCUCGGGAAAGCAGAUAUUCCUAUAGCUAAACAUUAUGAUGAGGUUUUAGUCUCUGAGAAACGACAACAGCUCGGUGUAGAGCUGAGGAGGGAGCUUUUGACUGCAGAAGAAUUCGUAUUGUCAGUUACUGGGCAUGAAAAGCUGUCAGAGAACAACCGGAGCCUGCGGAGGUUGAUCGAGAGCAGGCUUCCUUAUCUUAAUCCAAUGAACAUGUUGCAGGUUGAGAUCUUGAAGAGGUUACGACAUGAUGAUGAUAAUAAUAAACUUCGUGAUGCACUUCUUAUCACGAUUAAUGGCAUUGCUGCUGGGAUGAGGAACACCGGUUAG